AUGGGUGUUCGGGUUUCGUCGGCUCAUCUUUCGUUGGCACAGUAUAAGUGAGCAAAUGCGUAUAACUUGAAACCGCCUCUAUGUCUAACUUCCUAGUGGGCUGGAGAAAAUCGGUGAACAUCCGCUGUUCAAUGGAAGCCACCGUCGACGUCGUGCAAUCCCGGCUUGCUGGUCACGCAAGGUAAUGACUUAAUAGACUGCUCUUUCCACCAAAGAGUCCACUCCAUCAUCCAAAUUACGAUUGUGCUUAAUUCCUCUGGCAGAUCCGCAGACUCCACUUAAUUUGCUAGCACACUGGGUAUUUGGUAAAUUCACAUGUCCAGAACACCCGACAGGAUUAAAUAUUUGGCCAGCUAUUUAUAGCUAACUAUAAACACUGCCCAGUUGUCCGGCCUCGUAAGGACAAAAGUCUCGAAUUUCCGUUGGCAGGCGGUCUACUUGUGCAAAUUAGUAACAGCCCUCAAACAAGAUUAAGUUAUAAAAAAAAUUCGGAAUGCGCUGUAUGAAUCCUGACCGAUCGUCGAGUUCCAAGUGAAGUCAACCAGCUUAGGGGCCGAUGUGCGCAGCAUUUGGUCCAAAAUCAGUCUAUGAAUAAUCACCUCACCUCUCACCCGGCCUUCUCCUUCUUUUAAGGUUCUAAUAGGCACUUUAGAAGACAGAAUUAGCAACACAUCAGCACGACUGAAUUAAGAAUUCGUUGCCAUGAAUAUGAAAUUAGGACGAAAUGUAGGCCGCACCAUAGAAAGAAUGGGAUAUUAGUGCAAAUGGGAGGCAAAUCCACUACUCUUGUUAGACACGUGGUAGACACAGACCACCGUGUAGACGCCAGAGAGGCCUUCAGAGUGAUUUACAAGGUCCCAUCAGGCUAUCCAAAAACCACUUGGACAGGGCUUGUUGGCUGCGGCAGAGGCGGCUGAAAUCAGGCUACGCAGAUCGGUCUUAUGCGCGCAGAAGAACUUCAUACAGGUCCCACAAUUGCCAUGGGUCAAAUACACCAAUCCAGCUACCCGCAUGUAAUUACGUUCGCCGGGACCCACCUUCUCCCUGGCACUGAGUGGAAUUGUGGUGUUUCACUCUCCCCUUCCCCUCCCCUCCCCAAACCCGAGCUACAGCUUAAUUAUCUACUUGCCCGUAUCUAUUAAUUCAUUACCUCUAUAGCCAUAUAAAUGUACAGACCUGAGGAGAAUUUAUCGAAAGCAGACGUAGGCUCGCCAAAUUGCCUUUUGAAAUCCACUGCUAUUCAGGGUUUCGGAAAGUGAAGCUCCUACUCGGUAACCGCAUCUAUGAGCGUUGUAGGCAAUGAGUGAACGCGUAAGGCCUAAUUGCGCAACGCUGACUGCAUUGUAAAAAGAUAAUGUUUACGUCAAGUUUAGGUCGAAUACGCUAAACCGACACAAACUUUUCCACUCAAUGGUGCUCUGCGUCAUACACAAAAAUGACGCUUUUUGAAAAAUCAGAGGACCCUGUGUGCGUAGAAGUUUCCCUUGUCUUGCCAAAAGUGCAGCGCGAAGUCGAGCGUGUGCAGCGAAAACGACUGAGACCUACUGAAACAGAAGCAUUGUUAUUCGGCAUAAGAACAAAAAUCCAACAUAAUCUGCCAGAUUUUUUCAAUUUCAGCCCGAAAAGUUUAACAUUUAAACGAGAUGGCGAAUUACAGAGGUUCUUUACUGCUUUCAGGCAUCAGUAUAAUCAUGCAGUGGUGUGCCAAGAUGAAAGCUUAACCUCAAGUAGGCUAGGCUACUAACUCUUCUUCUCACGGACACCAGGUGCUCCAACACAUCAACUCAAUUGUUUUGACAGACUCUUCUCGCCGUCGCUGGUUGAGAUACACAUUUAACACCAUUCCGGUGUGAUUCAGUGUUCUUAGGGCCUCCGUCAAAAGACUUCAGUAGUUUGCUCAUCGACAGAUCACAAAGCAAAAAUAGACAUGCAUACGGUCUUCUCUUUUUAAAGACAAGGGAAGUUAUGUUUCACCCAGCUGUAAAAACGUCGGCGGCCUCGGUGGAAUUUGGACCCACGAAAGCAAGGAGAAGGCCUUAGUACAGCCAACGCUCUAGCCAUCUGAACUACGAGGCCCCGACCUGGAACAGUGAGUUUAAUCACAGUUGCGUCUAAAUGAAUUAUUCAAAAUCUGCCAAAACGCCUACUAAUGACAUGAGUCUAAUGGUCAUCUGGUUGAUUCUAGAUGGAUUACUGAGGAAAUCCUGUUUGAGCAGUCAGCUUACUGUAUCAGAUUUGGUGGAAUACAGACUUUGCAGUAGGUUGGCCUGGUAACUUGACCCAAAUGGGAUUAAACUCACGGCUCGUGGUCGGGGCCUCUUAGCUCAGGUUGUUAGGGAGUUGGCUGUACUCAAGCCUUCACAGUUGGCUCAAAAUGACUUAUUCAAAAUCUGCCAAAAAACACAUAUUAAAAGGAGACAACUAAAGCCAGUCUGCUGACUGCGAAUGACACUGACGCUUUUCGGGGCGUUAUACUUUCCCGCAAAAGUUUAUCCUCUCACCACCGUCAGGCAUAAGAAAGUACUGUAAUACGUGAUCUUCAACUGUAGUAUCUGGGGGAUGAUAAACGUGUUGGUAACCACCCUCUGCCUGCUUAAUUACCCUUUUCGAAGGCAAUAUUGGUCAUUCAUUUAUACUACCCGAGAAUUGACUGCCGCUCAAAAAAUUGUUUAUAAUCGUCUGCCUCUUGAUGGCCUUUUGUCUGCUCAAUAACAUAUCACAGAGCAGAGCCUGGAAAACAUAAACUGCAGCCAAAAAUUGGAUGCAGUUCCAAGUGAGUCUUGAAAGGAUGAGCUGGAAUGCAGGUGAUUUUUAAUUACCCACUCUGAUGACCUACACAGAACAUGUGAACAGUCUGCAUCGCUCCACCAGCAGAAGGCUUCCGCACAUAAACGCCAGAAAGGGUGAGAACUCAUGUGAGAAUUAUCCGUUUUUCCUUGGUCUACGCAGGUGAUUCGUUGGAGUUCAUGUGCGGGGUACCAAAUGAAUGCAUCCUCAUCCUCGCUGAUAGGUGGAAUUCUCAUCAGAGUCACAUACCAGCGUCUUCAAUCCUCAGGACGCGGGAUUUCUAGAUGUGCCCUUUAUGUAUAUACAUAUAUAAAAUGGAUGCCGGCCAGCGGGUGCAGACCGGGAAGGGACAUUUCGAAUUUACGAGGGGGACCGCUGCCCAAUGACUUUAUCGAUGUCUGUACCAUUCUCUUCUCCUUUCUUUGCUUCCCCGCGUCCUUCGAGCAGUGCCCGUUUCCACAAACCUCUUGUCUGACUGCAGAGUUUGUCUCUCUAUUCUUUGCCAGCUGGCGAUAA